AUGACACAGGUGGGAAAUUAUCGAAUCACAGAACAGAUUGGAUCUGGUUCUUUUGGUCAGGUGUUUCUCGGAUACCAUAAAUUCUUAAGAGUGAAGGUUUGCUUAAAGCGUGGAUCACGUGAUCCGAAUGAUAUUCAAACUAGUGAUAAUACGAUGCGUGAGUUCUACUACUUAAAGCAAUUUGAUCAUCACCCACAUAUUACUAAGCUAUAUGAGGUUAUUUUCACGGACAAAUACGUCUAUUUGGCAUUGCAUUAUUAUGCUGAGGGGGAUCUGUUCAAUUACUUAGCUAAAAGAGGUAAAAUCCCGAUUGAUGAAUCAUUGAAGAUUUUUGUGCAAUUGGUUGGAGCUGUUUAUUAUAUGCAUAAAAAUGGGUGUUGCCACAGAGAUUUAAAGCUAGAAAAUGUACUUUUGGACCACAAACUUAAUGUUAAACUCAGCGAUUUUGGAUUCACCAGAGAAAUUCCAUUAGUUAAUAAAAAUACUAAUAAGGGAAGGUGUGGGAAAGCUUUCCUAACUGAAAUAUGCGGAACUGAGGCAUAUAUGGCGCCAGAGCUGGAAAAAAGAAUACCAUACUCUGGUGUUAAGAUUGAUAUUUGGGCUUUGGGUGUGAUUCUUUAUACAAUUGUGACUGGUCACAUGCCAUUUGAUGAUAAUCUUUCGUCUGCCGAAUUGAAAAAUGCAAUUAUCAAUAGAGAGCCAGACUAUGAUGAUACCAGUUUUAAUGGUAUAUCAGAUGUAGUUGGUCUGUUAAAGUCAUUAUUGGCAAAAGCACCAGGAGAUAGACCAAGAUCUCUUUCUGAUGUCCUUGAUCUACCAUUUUUGAAGCCAUACGGUUCACAAAAUCAGUUGGAUGUUGUGUCCAAGCUUAUGGAUAAGGAUUUUGGAGACUCCGGUGUUCAUUACAGAAUUACCGGAUCCGACAAAGCAUUAUUUAAAGAGAUGGUUCGCAUGGGAAUUGAUAAAGAAUGCUUGAGAAGAUCUGUGGAGUAUGAUACAUUAGAUUCACUAGAUGGAUUUUGGAAGCUACUGCGGGAAAAAAGAAGAUAUACAGCUGAAAAGAAAAAGCAUCGGAACCAUCAUAAUAGUGUACUGCUCUUAACUGGUUCAAAGGACCUUCUUGGGAGUAUUCAAAAGAAAAAGGGUAAAGAUAAAGUGAAAACUAAAAUUAUUCCUGAACACGAAAAGCUUAAUAAGGAAAAGAAUGGAAAGCUUAUGGCUUCACCAGUACUUGGAUCUAGAGCAAAUUUUGCGGCUGAUGAGGGUAAUUUACAGGAAGCAUCUUUGAACUCAGAAAGUGAAAGUUCAGGUUUACUAGCCUCCUCAAAAGCGAAUACUUUGGAAAGAAGCCGGACUUCGUUCUCGUUAACUUCGUUGAAAAAAUCCAGAUGGUUUGAAUCUCUUUUGGAUCAUCUUUCCCUUGACAAGCAGAAAAAGAAUAGUAUUUCCAGAAGUAAAACCACGGAAAGUAAUAAUAAAGAAUCUCUCCUUCAUCGGUUUUUUACUUCCGCCAGUACAGGAAGAAGUAUUGCCACGCUAAAUAACGCUGGUGAACUGGAACACCCUUCAUCAAAUUCUGGUGCCUCUGAUCAGACUGAAAAUGACAAAGUUGCACCUUUAAGAUCAGAGAUGUCACCUUCUCCCUUAAGUAUGCCGAAAAUGCAUGGAAUGCAUAAUUCUGUUGCUGGAUCCGGCCAUAAUAGUGCUUUCAAUUUUCGGACUACGAGUCCUAGUGGUAUGGGAAGCAGGCAAGCGAGUAUUGCUCGCUCAUUAAGACCCUCUUCUGUUAUUUCUGCAUAUUCUAUUCAAACCACACUUUCCGAAACAUCAAAUGGCUCAGGUUACACAACAGGAUACUCAACUGACAACAGACCUGGAAUUACCAGAGGGUUGAGCGAUAUGUCUGUUGGAUCCCGUGAUGUUUCUGUUAGUCAUCCUGGCUCUCCUAAUUCAUCAAUUAUUGGUAUUUCUCGUGCAACGUCCAUUGAUUCUUCAUCAAAAUCCAGUGCUGGACAAACUAGAAUGAAGAAUAGCCCUCGAAUUGUCGGAGGGUCAGUUAUGGCGCAUCAUGGUCGAAAGUCUGCCCUAAAAACCAAAAUAAAUGCAAAAUGGAAUUUUGGAAUGCCAAGUACUAAUGGUAGUUUAAAACGUCUUAGAAGGCACGCACCAAAGCAAAUUAUUGAGGAGGAAGAGGAGGAGGAUAAUGAUAAUAUGGGAGAAGAAAAUGAUGCUAAUGUCGAUGAAGAUGUAAAUGAUGAAAUUAAUGGUGAUUCUAACCGAGGGAGACCUAAAGAUGAGUCUGGUCUCAACAUUGUGCAUGAUAAUAUAAGUGACAAUGAAAGGGCACUAACUGAAGAUGAUAGUGUUAUUUUUAAUGGGCGUCUACAAAGAACUGAUAAUCUUUCUGAAAGUCCCUAUAAAUUUGUGCACAGUAAGAAAAAUGAGUAUGAGGAUGGAGAUAUGGCUGAUAAUGAAGGAGAUGAUAAUUCUAAUUUUGAUGGUACCAGAACAGAACUUUCAUACAAUGGUCUGUCAAAGAUGCUUCCCGAAUCAAGACAAGCCGAGAAUAAGGAAAAGGAUUUUUCAAAUAAUCAAAUUCCAGCUGAAUCCACAGUAAUAGAGGAUGAAACUUCGGAUGAUAAUCAUGGUCUACCUACAUCAAAGUUCAGCCGUAAUCAGGUUCAUCAACAUCACAAAAGAAGGAUCAAUUAA